AGCAGAUGAUAUAAUCACGCUAAAGAUGAUGGCCAGAGUCCGAAAGUUUUUCAAUAAAACCAUUAGAUAAGAAAAAGAUACAUCGUUAAUUAACGAGGGUGAUCGUAGUAGUAGUAUUUAUAUAAAUUAGUAUAAACAAUUUAAAUUUUAAUAUCGUUGAAAUUUGCAUAUGAAAUGUGGGCAUAUCUCAAAAUUCCAGUGCAAUAUACUGCUCGUAGACCAGCUGUUCGGAAUACCAAUACAGUUUUCACCAUUGUAGGUGCCAAAUGCAAAUGUACAUAUCAGGCUGCUUUCGAAAAGAAAGGGUUAGUAGAUAGGAAACCGAGUAGUUUUUUUGACAGAAGUCAGUUGAAGUACGCGAGAAGAUUAGUGGUAAAAUUAGGUAGUGCUGUUAUAACCAGAGAAGAUGAGAAUGGACUCGCUUUAGGAAGAUUGGCGUCAAUAGUGGAACAAGUAGCAGAAUGCCAAAAUGAAGGAAGAGAAUGCAUUAUGGUUACUAGUGGUGCUGUUGCUUUUGGAAAACAAAGAUUGACACAAGAAUUACUUAUGUCCCUCUCUAUGAGAGAGACUCUAUCUCCUACUGAUCAUACACGCGAGGAUGCCGUAGCAUUGGUCGAACCUAGAGCAGCGGCUGCAGUAGGACAAUCAGGUCUUAUGUCCCUCUACGAUGCUAUGUUUUCUCAAUACGGUGUGAAAAUAGCACAAGUUUUAGUGACUAAAGCUGAUUUCUACAACGAGGAAACCAGAAAAAACCUAAUAAGCACCUUAACAGAAUUAAUUAGUUUGAAUAUCGUGCCUAUCAUUAACACAAAUGAUGCGGUUUCACCGCCACCACAAAUAGACGAACCUAUUGGUGAUAAACCUGGAAAGAGGGGUAUUUCAAUCAAAGAUAAUGAUAGUUUGGCAGCCAUGUUGGCUGCAGAGAUACAAUCUGAUCUGCUUAUAUUGAUGUCUGAUGUUGAUGGAAUUUACAACAAGCCACCAUGGGAAACAGGAGCUAAGUUCUUACAUACUUUCACAUCUGAUCAACGAAAUACAAUUGAAUACGGGCAAAAGAGUAAAGUUGGUACUGGAGGUAUGGAUUCUAAGGUUAAUUCAGCUACAUGGGCUUUGGACAGGGGCGUGUCUGUGGUUAUUUGUAAUGGAACAUUGGAUAAAGCUAUCAAAACUAUUCUUUCAGGAAGAAAAGUUGGUACAUUUUUUACUGAACAUUCUCUCUGUGGAUCUGUUUCUUCUGAAGUAGUUGCAGAAAAUGCAAGAAUUGGUAGUCGCAUUUUAGCCUCUCUGUCACCAGACCAACGGGUAUCUUGCAUUCAUACUUUAGCCGAUCUUUUAAUUAGUAAACAAGCAACAAUUCUAGAUGCCAAUCAAAAGGACCUACAGGAAAGUGCGAAAGUAGGUUUGGCCAAGCCACUCUUAUCGAGAUUAUCAUUAACUCCUGCGAAACUCAAAAAUCUUUCGAUAGGUCUGAAACAAAUAGCAGACAGUAGCCACAACAAUGUAGGUAGAGUGAUAAAGAGAACCAAAUUGGCUGAUGGCUUGAUAUUGAAACAAAUAACAGUACCCAUCGGAGUACUGAUGGUUAUUUUUGAGUCUAGACCGGAUUCCUUACCACAAGUAGCUGCUCUUGCGAUUGCUUCAGGUAAUGGAUUAUUGUUAAAAGGUGGCAAGGAAGCCAUGCAUAGUAAUAAAGCUCUUAUGGAAGUAGUUACUGAAGCAUUGAAAACUGUUGGAGCAGAAAAAGCUAUAUCAUUAGUAUCUACGAGAGAUGAAAUCAGUGAUUUAUUAUCGAUGGAAAAUCAUAUAGACUUAAUUAUUCCUAGAGGUUCGAACGAAUUGGUUCGAAGUAUUCAAAAACAAAGUCAAAACAUUCCAGUUUUAGGACAUGCUGAAGGUAUUUGUCACGUGUACGUAGAUAAGGACGCGGAUUUAGAGAAAGCUAUAAAAAUAGUUAAAGAUUCAAAAUGUGACUACCCCGCAGCCUGCAACGCCAUGGAAACUCUUCUAAUUCACAAAGACCUUAUGAACGGAUCAUUUUUCACAGAUAUUUGUAGUAUGCUUAAGCAGGAGGGAGUUAAGCUGAACGCUGGACCAGUUCUUCAUCAAAUGCUCACUUUCGGUCCACCAGCUGUUAAAACUAUGAAACAUGAAUAUAGUGCUCUUGAAUGCUGUAUUGAGGUUGUUGAUGGUAUUGAAGAGGCUAUUAAACAUAUUCAUAAUUACGGUAGUGCACAUACCGAUGUUAUCGUAACUGAAAACAAGGAAAGUGCCAAAAUCUUCCAAACGCAAGUAGACAGCGCCUGUGUAUUCCAUAACGCUAGUUCAAGAUUCGCAGAUGGAUUUAGAUUUGGUUUGGGAGCAGAAGUAGGCAUAAGUACUGGUAGAAUUCAUGCCAGAGGUCCUGUGGGAGUUGAAGGACUGUUAACUACCAAGUGGAUUCUCGACGGGGAAGAUCACACUGCAGCCGAAUUCGCCGAUGGUGGGAAAAGAACAUGGAUACAUGAAUCUUUACCCGUAGAGUAGAUUAUAUAAUUAAAUAAUUUAUUGAAAUAAAGUUGAGGAAUAAGUACCCAAGUAUCAGUAGUAACUUUCCUGAUGCAAAAUUUUGCUUUCUCGUCUAUUUUUGUAACUAUUCAUUCAAAUUAAAAAGAUUUUAUGUGAA